AUGUCGUCGGGACCUGCCUAUUCUCAUCCAGCACCCAGUCAUUAUCAACCCUAUGGUCAUCAACAGCCUAUGCCACCAGCUUCUGCUCAGUACGCGUCCGGAUCGACUUAUCCUACCUAUGGCUAUCCUAACCCCGUUACAUCACCUCAAUCGGGUGGCCCGCACAUGCAGCCGAGCUUGCAGUUACCUGCAAUGGCGUCGAUGUCGCCAGCACCAGCACAUAAUUAUGGGCCACCCAGUGGACCACCAGGACACCCCUACCCCCAAGCGCAGCAGCCUUUCGAUCAAACUGGUCAGGUUGCACCACCAGGAAUGAAACCACGAGUUACAGCAACUUUGUGGGAAGAUGAAGGAAGUCUGUGUUUUCAAGUAGAGGCCAAAGGUGUUUGUGUGGCACGUCGUGAAGACAAUCACUUCAUAAACGGCACCAAACUGCUUAAUGUCGCUGGCAUGACUCGUGGUCGAAGAGAUGGUAUACUAAAGUCAGAAAAGAUUCGACACGUCGUCAAGAUCGGUCCGAUGCACUUGAAAGGUGUUUGGAUACCCUUCGACCGCGCGCUCGAGUUUGCGAACAAGGAAAAGAUCACGGACAUUCUAUACCCGCUGUUCGUGCAUAACAUUGGCGGCUUGCUAUACAAUCCAGACAAUGCCAAUCGAACGCAUGCUGUGCAGUCUGAAGCCGAGCAGCGAAUUCGAUUAAACGGCACUGCCUCAGCUCGACCUUCGCAACCUGGCCAAGCACCUUCCUUGCACCACCACCACUCCAUGCAAGCCAGUGUUGGUGGCCAAGUACCUUCUACGCCUCACUCGAUGGGUGGACAGUCAGCUGGGCCACGUCCGGGCAUCGACCGCGCGCACACCUUCCCUACUCCUCCGACCAGCGCGUCAAGCGUGAUGGGGGUAGGAUCGUCCAAUGGCUCGUAUGAAUGGAAUCAGCAGAACAUGACCAAUGGAGCAUCGAGUCAACCGCUUUCAAUUGAGACUGGAGGCAUGAAUAAUGCUCGCUCUAUGCCGACCACUCCAGCAACCACACCGCCUGGGCAGCAAGUACAAAACAUGCAGUCAUAUCCGGGACAUCAAGGAUAUGACAACAAGCAACCAUAUUAUGCGACAACACCCAGCUCACAGACAGGUUAUGCACAGAACGGUGCCCGCUAUGACGGAUACAAAGGCGACAUGGGUCCUCCUACUGCGCCAAAUACUGGCAAUUCAGAGAGUCACAGCGAUCACAAAUCAGACUUCGGUGGACAUCCUGCCGGCGAUCAUGGUGAGCAUCCGGAGAACGGCUAUAUUCACAGCAACGGCGCGUACGGGGGCCGUCCAGAGUAUGCAUAUACCGCACCGCAAGGUCACCAGCAGCUUUCUCCAGAGAUGACCAGUUCACCUCACCAAGCUGGUUCUGGACGAGGAACGCCACGCACCAUGCCGAGUGGUCAGCCGCAAUGGGGUGGAGAAUAUAGGACACCACCACAGUCCAACCCAGGAAGCAUGUAUAACCCAACUGGAGAUUCGCGGAGCUCGCAUCCGCCAGGGUCGAUUGACACUUAUGCAUCUGGAGGGUAUAGUCAAUCACUAAAGCGACGCAGAGACGACGAUGAUCAGGGGCCGCGUCCGGGAAGCCGCGACGAUUAUCCUGGAUAUGACACGAAGCGUCAAAAGAUGAACCGACCCGAGUCUUUUGGUAUGCCCUUACCAACAGCACACAUGCAACCCAUCAAGACCGGACCAAUGCCUGGUAGAUGA